AUGGCGCGCCGGAGCAGCCCGGAUCCGGUCAUCACCGUGCAGCGAGCGAAGCGCAGCGGCGCGAAGAGCGGCGGCGGCGCGUCGUACUCCGCCGUCGCCAUCGUCGCGGCGAUCAUCAUGCUCCAAGGCGCCGCGACGCUCGUGCUCCACGGCAAGUGGCACGCCGCGGGCCACGGCGCGCACCACUCCCUCGAGGAGGAGCACGACGCGCCGCCCGUCGCGCCGGUGAAGAAGCACUUUUCGCCGCCGCAGCCGCCGGCGCCGGCGCCGCCGCCGCGCGACGCGCCGCCGAGGCGGAUCGUCAAGGACGCGGCCGCGCCGCGGCCGCCGCCGCCGCCGAGGAAGAAGGCGCCGCCCGUCAAGGACAUCUGGCGGCCGCCGAAGAAGAUCCCGCCGCUGAAGCCGCCGCCGCGGCCGCCGCUGCCCGAGCUCGGCGACGGCGUCGCGCUCCCGGCCGGCCACGCGGCGCGCGCGCGCCUCGCGGACGCGGACGUGCGGUCGCGCCCGCCGCGGGCGUCGACGGUCGACAACCGCGCCCAGGCGGCGGCCGUGCUCGGCCCGCGCGCGGCCGCCGGCGGCUGGCCGCGCGAGUCGAUUUUCAUCUCGAUCGCGUCGUACCGCGACCCGGAGUGCGCCAAGACCGUCGCGCGGGCCUACGCGCGCGCCGCGUCGCCGGAGCGCGUGUUCUUCGGCAUUUACCAGCAGAACAACGCGUCCGUGGACGUCGACUGCGUCGCGGGGUUGGCGGAUCUCGUGGCCUGCCCCGACCACCCCGUCUGCGGCCGCCUCGACCAGCUCCGCGUCCACCGCGUGGACUGGAAGCAGACGCUGGGGCCGACGAUCGCGCGCCACCUCUCGGAGAAGUUCUACCGCGGCGAGACGUACGUCAUGUCCUUCGACUCGCACACGAACUUCGCGCGGGGCUGGGACGACGUCGCCAUCGACAUGUUCAAGCGCAUCGGCAACCCGCGGGCCAUCAUCACGACGUACCCGGCGUCCUACUCGGCGACGAAGAGCAGCGAGAAGUGGCAGGACGUCGACGCGUCGGGGCCCUGCCUGCCCUGCCGGAGGACCGACGACCAGGCGUCGAUCGACGUCAAGGUGCUGUCGAGCUCGCAGAUGUCGAUCUGCCGCACGCGGCGGGUGCAGGUCGGCCGGACGACGUCCUUCAAGCACGACGUGAACCACAUGAAGCGGCCGGGCCAGCCGAACCUCGUGCCGUUCCUCGCCGCGGGGUUCAACUUCGCGAACGGGAGCCGCGUGCUCGAGGUGCCCUACGACGCGCACUCCCUCUUCCUCUUCGACGGCGAGGAGACGUCGCUCGCGGUGCGCGCGUGGACCCACGGCUACGACUUCUACCACCCGGACCGCGACGUCGUGUCGCACCUCUACAUCCCGUCGAAGUCGCCGCUGCGGCCCGUGUUCUGGACCGACGACUGGGACCUGCGGAGCCGCAUCCAGUUCUGGACCAUGCUCCGCGUCAACUACCUCCUCGGGCUCCACGACCUGCUCGACUACUGGGUCGACGCGGCGCUCAUCGACCUCCGCGACGCGAAGCGCUACGGCUGCGGCUCGAAGCGGAGGGCCGUCGACUACUGGGGCUACGUGGGCGUGACGCCGGACCGCGACGGCGCGGAGUGGUCCCCGGGCCGCUGCGACGUCUUCUCGACCACGGGGCUGCCGUCCUUCCCCGUCGACGAGCGCGGCGCGCACAACGACUACGACGCCUACGCCGACGCGUUCCCGAAGGCGGAGAUGCUCGAGGCCGCCGUCGACGCCAAGUACGACGCCCAGGCCGCGCGCAUGCCCCGCGGGAGAUCCACGCUUCCGUUGCAGGACCGCACCGCCGCGCCGCCAGAAGUUAUGGCCGAGGAGUCCAAGUACGCCGGCGGGGCGACGUCGCUGACGGACCUGCGCGAGCUCGUCGAGCGCCAGGACCUGAAGAUCGAGGCGCUGACGGCGCUCGUCCGCGCGCAGCAGAUCACCAUGGACCGCCUCCUCCGCGCCGUCGAGAAGGGCGCGCCCGUGCCCGCCGGCGCGGCGCACCCGAUCCCGUCGCCUUUUCCGUCCAUGCCUCUGGCGCCCAUCGACCUGGCCGCGCCCGCGGGCCUCGCCGCCUACGGGGCCUCCGCCUACGGGCCGCCGACCUACGCGUCGGCGCCGACCAUGCCCGCGCCGAGCCCCUACGGGAGCGCCUACGGCUCCGCGCCGCCGCCGGGCAACGGCUACGCGCCCGCGACCGGCCCGGACCCCGCGGCCGCGCGGCGCAUCGAGGCCGAGGCCCUCGCGAACGCGCGCUUCGAGGAGCAGCGCCAGGCGGCGGCGCGCCGCGAGGCGGAGCGCGCGGCCGCCGCCGAGGCCGAGGCCGAGCGGCAGCGCGCCGCGCGCGAGCGCGCCGAGGCCGCGCGGCGCCUCGAGCAGCAGCAGCUCGAGGAGCGCCUCGCGAUCCAGCGCGCGGAGGCGGAGCGCGUCGCGGCCGCGCGCCGCGCGGAGGAGGAGGCGAAGCGCGCCGCCGAGGAGGCCGAGGCCUUCCGCGUCGCCGAGGAGAAGCGCGUCAAGCAGGAGAAGCUCAACGCGUCGCGCAAGGCCGCGCUCGACGGCCUCCUCGGCGACGACGACCCGGGCGAGGACAGCCUCUUCGGCUCCUCCGUGACCAAGGCCGACACGGCGCUGCCGAACCGUGCAGUCGCAGCGAGAGAGCAACCGAUGCAGGCGCACGAGAUGGAAGACGACGAGACGCAGGAGCACGCGAUGCAGGACGACGAACCGCAGGGCCUCACGCUGCCCGACGCCGUGCUCUCCGAGGUCUUCGCCGCCGGCGGCUUCGUCGUGCGCGCGCGCGGCGCGCUGAUCAGCCGCGACUGGCGCCACGUCGCCGUCGACGAGGCGGCCUGGCGCGGCGAGUACGCCCGCCGCUGGUGGCAACACGGUACGGCUGGUGACGAGCACGAUCCGAUUGAGACGCCGUCGUGGUGGCGCGCGGCGUUCGGUACGAGGAUCGCGAGCGAGCGGGCCGCGACGGAGCUCUUCGCCGCGCUGCUGGGCCCGGGCGGCGAGCUGCCGCUGUCGCGGAGCUGCGUGGCGCGCGACCUCGAGGCCCUCGUCGAGGCGGCGCCGGCGCUGCUUUUGGAGCUGCUCGCGACCGUCGGCGCGCUCGCGGGCGACCGCCACUGCGUGAACCAGUUCGCGGGCGUCGUCGACGCGGACAACCCGCACCUCGGCGGGCCCUGGAACUUCCCGUGCCGCUUCAUCCGGAAGCCGCCGACGCGCGACGUGUUCCGCUACGCGGCCUUUUUGCGGGCCGUGCCGGGCCGCGCGGCGGAGCGCGUCGUCCGCGCGCUCGAGAUGCCGCGCGCGCGGGAUGAAGCGGCCGCGGAGCGCGCGGCGUGCCACGCGGGCGCCGCCCUCGCCCGGGCCUCGGGCCUCUGCUGCGCCGGCGCCCGCGUCGACACCUUCGAGGCCGGCCUCCGGAACGUCGCCGGCGCGCUGCGCGUCUUCUUCGACGACGCGGGCGUCUCGCGCGAGCUCGCGCGGCUCGCGGACCUCGCGCGUUCGAGCGCGGAGGCGGAGGCGGCUCCGGGCGGGGACGACGUCGCGCGGGAGCUGCGGCUCAUGACCGCCGUCGAGCGGCUCCUCUUCGACGGCGCGGAUCCCGCGCGGCCGCCGCUCCGGGGCAACCGCGGCGACUACUACGACGCGGAGAACUCGCUCGUCGACGCGAUUUUAGAGCGGCGGCUGGGCAUCCCCAUCUCCAUCGCGUCCGUCUUCGUCGCCGUCUGCGUCCGCGCGGGCGUCCGCGACGACGCCAUCGCGCCCGUGAACGCGCCGGGCCACUUCCCGUGCCACUUCCUGCUCCGCUACGAGCCCGCGAAUUUAUUUCUGGACGUCUUCGCGCGCAGCGGCAACCCCGCGGCCUGCACGCUCGACCGCCGCAGCGUCGAGGGCUUCAUCGCGGGGCACAACGGCCUGUCCCUCUCGCACGCGCGCGCGUCGCUCGACGCCGCGCUCCGCUCGCGCCCGACGCCGGCGGACGUCUGCCGGCGGGCGCUGCGCAACCUCGCGGCGAUCUACGACGACGAUCCCUGCGGCUCGCUCGUCACGUGCUCGCUCGCGGCGGCGCUCGAGGACGCGCCGGGCGCCGCGGCGAUCAGCCCGCUCACGGCGGCGAUCCGCUGCAAGCUCGCGCUCGCGGACGGCGGCUACGACCGCGGCGCGACCCACGACCGCGACCGCGUCCUCGUGCUGGCCGGGUCCCUGCGGCGCGACCUCGACGCCGUCGGCGCGCUGAUGGCCGGCGACGUCCCCGCGGACCAGCGCCACGCGCUCGGCCGCGUCCUCGCGCCGACCAUGGGGCUCUUCGGCAAGCGCGCGCCGGCCGUGGACCCCGACGCGCACAUUGGCAAGACGAGCGCCGAGAUCCUGGCGCUGCCGCAGCUCCAGAUCCAGUUCGCCUGCAUCGUCCUCGUGCACUCGUCGAGCCCGUUCCUCGCGGCCGUCGACGCGUUCCGCGACUUCCCCAAGCUCGCCGAGCGAUGGCCGAACACGAACGAGGCCUGCCGCAUCACCUUCGCCGUGGUCUUCUACAUCGUCCGAAUAGUCGGCUGGGUCCCCGUGUCGAAGAUGUUCUGGCUCGACGCGCUCAGCCUCCUCGAGGAGGGCGCGGCCCUCCACACCAUGCCGCGCUGGGUGCCCGCCUUCUGGCUCCUCACCCACGCCGGCCUCUCCUGCCUCCAGGCCUGGUGGGGCUUCCUCAUCCUCAAGGCCCUCUGGGCCCUCGUCACGGGCGACGAGUCCGCCCGCGCCAACGAGGCCAAGUCCGCGUGA